GAAGAGGAGACUGCCGCAGCUGAAGGAGGCACAGCCAGGGGCUCUGGGCAUGUGGGCCUGGCAGGUACCCUGGUCAUUCACUUGGGUUGUGCUGCAAUUGAGCUGGCAAUCAGGGUGGCUUCUAGAGGUCCCCAACGGGCCCUGGAGGCCCCUUACCUUCUCCCCAGCCUGGCUCAGAGUGUCAGAGGGAGCAACUGCCACCUUCACCUGCAGUUUCUCCAACUGGUCAGAGGAUCUUAGGCUGAACUGGUACCGCCUGAGUCCCAGCAACCAGACUGAAAAACAGGCCGCCUUCUGCAAUGGUUUCAGCCAGCCCGUCCGGGAUGCCCGCUUCCAGAUCAUACAACUGCCCAGUGGGCAUGACUUCCACAUGAACAUCCUUGACACACGGCGCAACGACAGUGGCAUCUACCUCUGUGGGGCCAUCUCCCUGCCCCCCAAGCCACAAAUCAAGGAGAGCCCUGGAGCAGAGCUCGUGGUAACAGAGAGAAUCCUGGAGAACUCAACAAGAUAUCCCAGCCCCUCACCCAAGCCAGAAGGCCAGUUUCAAGGCUUGGUUAUUGGUAUCAUGAGCGUCCUAGUGGGUAUCCCCAUAUUGCUGCUGCUGGCCUGGGCCCUAGCUGCCUUCUGCUCAACAGGUAUGUCAGAGGCCAGAGGAACUGGAAGCAAGGACCACUCACUGAAGGAGGAGCCUUCAGCAGCACCUGUCCCCAGCGUGGCCUACGAGGAGCUGGACUUCCAGGGGCGAGAGAAGACACCAGAGCUCCCCAUCCCCUGUGUGCACACAGAAUAUGCCACCAUUGUCUUCACUGAAGGACUGGGCACCUCCGCCAUAGGACGUAGAGGCUCAGCUGAUGGCCCCCAGGGUCCUCGGCCUCCAAGACAUGAGGAUGGACACUGCUCUUGGCCUCUUUAACCAGAUUCUUCAGCUGUUAGCAUGCUGCAGACCCUCCACAGAGAGCACCAGUCCGUUCCUCCAUCACGAGGAGCAUGCAGGCAAAGGCUCCCAGGGUCUGAGCUAUCUGGAGUGACAGCCCAGCACUUGCACCAAUUCCAGUGCAUGUACUGUUGAGUGAGAGUGCUCUUCAGGCUUACCACAAGCUGGGAGUAGCAAGCUUCCCUGAUUCCUAUUGUCACAAGGUGCAGAACUGGCCUAAGUCUAUGUCUCCUGAGUCCUACUGUUGGACACUUCUAGGGGCUUAAGACAUUGUACCCUAGGGCCUCUGUGGGGUCUGUGCCUGGAAAUGGAGGGACCUGAUUACAGCCUGCUUUGAGUAGCCCUGAGAGGCAACCCCAUAACAAGGGGGUCCAGUUAUACAGUGGGCCCAGCACCUAAAGCCGCCCUUGGGAGAUACUCAGGUGGGGAAAUUCAUAGACUGAGGGGGGGGGGGGUGCUGAACUGAUCCCAAGGCCUGGAAAGGUUUUGAUGAAGACUAGAAACGCUCCUAGUUUCAGGGGUCUGGGAAUCAUGAGCAUUUACCAGGCAAAAGCUCCGUGAGAGUCUCUGCUGUCCCGCAUGCCCAGGUACCUCAGUUCUUUCUACAGCAGGGAAACUAAGGCAAUAAAGGGAACCAGCAGAGCUAGAGAUCCACCCACACUUCCAGUGAGGCACUUGACUCUCCCUACCCCUCCUAGGAACCAAAAGGACAAGGUUCAUGUCAGCAGCAGGGAAAGAAAGGGGGGAUACAACCUUGACUCAUACCAACUCUGGCUAUGGCAGGCAGUGGUUUAGGUGUUAGGAUCUCCUCAUUCACUCUGUCCUGGAGUCCAGUUCUGGCACUCCUUCACACCGUAGGGCUCUGAAAUGAGCAAGUGUUUUAAGGGUUCCCUUGGCACUUCAGACAGUCAAGGUACCAAGAGCCUAAGCCGUCUGGUGGGUACCCUAAAUGACCGGGCUCAAGAGUCUCUUUCCUUUGGUUUAAGCCCAUUAUAAUUAAAUGGUACCAUUAACUUUAA